CAUUAAGGAAGCUGGUCAAGUGGCCAAAAUGUUCUGAGAACCUGAGUGAUUUCUGAGAAAUCCCUAAGUAAAUGAAACUAAAAGGGUGGGGCAAGGCAGGAAAGAAAGACAAUAGACUCAUCUAAAAACAGAAACCGAAAGAAAAGAAAGGGAGAGUAUUAAAUACCUCCACCCUGCCUGGGCAUUCUCAUCUCUGUCCUUUGUGACCAGGGGCCACGGACUCCACAGAAAGGAGUCUUGUCUCAACUGCUGAACGCAUCUGCUCACUAGCCAGCUGCAAGCCUAGGUCCUGGAAGAUGGCGGACACGCCCAGUGGUGAGUCCUGCACCUCUCCACUGGAGCUGUUCAACAGCAUAGCUGCUCAAGGGGAACGCGUGAGGUCCCUCAAAGCUGGAAAUGCACCAAAAGAUGAGAUUGAUUCUGCAGUAAAGAUGUUGUUGUCAUUAAAAAUGAGCUAUAAAUCCGCCAUGGGGGAGGAUUACAAGGCCGACUGCCCUCCAGGAAACCCAACAGCUGGGAGUAAUAGCGAUCCAGAUGCCACAAAAGCCAGCGAGGAUUUUGUGGACCCGUGGACAGUACGGACAAGCAGUGCGAAAGGCAUCGACUAUGACAAGCUCAUUGUUCAGUUUGGAAGCAGCAAAAUUGACAAAGAGCUGAUAAACCGAAUAGAGAAAGCCACUGGCCAGAGACCACACCGCUUCCUGCGCAGAGGCAUCUUCUUCUCCCACAGAGAUAUGAAUCAAGUUCUUGAUGCCUAUGAAAAUAAGAAGCCAUUUUAUCUGUACACAGGCAGGGGCCCCUCCUCCGAAGCAAUGCAUCUGGGUCAUCUUGUCCCAUUUAUUUUCACAAAGUGGCUGCAGGAUGUGUUCAACGUGCCUUUGGUCAUCCAGAUGUCUGAUGAUGAGAAGUACCUGUGGAAGGACCUGACUCUGGAACAGGCAUACAGCUAUACUGUGGAAAAUGCCAAGGAUAUCAUUGCCUGUGGUUUUGACAUCAACAAAACUUUCAUCUUCUCUGACCUUGAGUUUAUGGGGCAGAGCCCAGGCUUCUACAAGAAUGUGGUGAAGAUUCAGAAGCAUGUCACUUUCAACCAGGUGAAAGGCAUUUUCGGCUUCACCGACAGUGACUGCAUUGGGAAAAUCAGUUUUCCUGCUGUCCAGGCUGCACCGUCAUUCAGCAACUCUUUCCCGAAGAUCUUCCGAGACAGGACGGACAUCCAGUGCCUCAUUCCGUGUGCCAUUGACCAGGAUCCUUACUUCAGAAUGACGAGGGACGUGGCCCCCAGGAUCGGCCACCCUAAACCUGCCCUGCUGCAUUCGACCUUCUUCCCUGCCUUGCAGGGUGCUCAGACCAAGAUGAGUGCCAGUGACCCCAACUCUUCCAUCUUCCUUACUGACACAGCCAAGCAGAUCAAGAGCAAGGUCAACAAGCACGCGUUUUCUGGUGGAAGAGACACCGUGGAGGAGCACAGGCAGUUUGGGGGCAACUGUGAAGUGGACGUGUCCUUCAUGUAUCUGACCUUCUUCCUUGAAGAUGAUGACAGGCUGGAGCAGAUCAGAAAGGAUUAUACCAGCGGAGCCAUGCUCACUGGAGAGCUGAAGAAGACACUCAUAGACGUCCUUCAGCCCCUGAUCGCCGAGCACCAGGCCCGACGCAAGGCGGUCACCGAGGAAACGGUGAAGGAGUUCAUGACCCCCCGGCAGCUGUCCUUCCACUUUCAGUAAUGUUUCUUUUCUGUCUGCACAUAAAGAAGAAAAUCUGUCGAUAAUCCCAGCCCCCUCAAAUCAAGGCACACUCCCAAUAGGCUUCUGUCACGUGGGAAUUCCUGGACCUGGGUCUCUACGCCCUUGUGCAUUCUGAAUGCUGUUGCUUCUGUGAUGUCUCUCCGCCUGUUGUCUGCUGAGGAUGAUCAGGUGCUGCUAAUGUUGUGUGGUCACAUAGAAACCCAGCCGAGAAUCUCUCCCACAAAGAGCCCAGGUGUGGCACCUCUGUGGCCCACAGAGGAUUGUCCAUCUAGCAGCCUAGGGUUCCAGAUAAAUUCCCAAAAUAUUAGUUUUGUUUGUUUUUAAGUGUACGUGCUGCACGUGGUAGUGCACACCUUACAGACUCUAUAUUUAGGAUGCAAAGGCACAAGUUCUAGGCCAGCAUGGGCUACCUAGCAAGAGUCAGUCAUAAUUUAUGUUUGAUUCUGAAUCUAUGGAGUCAGAAUGUCAUUACUGUAAAACUGAAAACCUCUGUGAAAAACUGAUGAGACAUUUAGUGGGCAAAGAUGCUAUGCUCGAGCCCAUACCAACUAUAUAUAUAUAUAUAUUUACAUAUAAUAUAUAUAAGCUUUGCUUUAUAUCAAGUAGGAAGUGGUCAGCUUUGUCCUGUAGGUGUAGCUCAGUAGUAGAGCAUUCGCCUAGUGUGCAUGACGCCCUGGGUUCAGUCUCCAAUGCCACAACAGAGGGGGUGGGUGGGAUCAUUCAGCUCUAAAGCUGUUUUUAACACUGAUUAUGGACCAGGCUGGACCAUUUCUACCAACCUGAGUCUUGUGGGUGAAACUCCAGGCUGAGGUAACCAAACUCCAGAUCACACGUGUUGUUCACUCCAGAAUCAUGCUUGUUGCCCUUCCUGUACUAACGUUUCCUCAAAUGGCCUGGCCUCCACCUCUUGAAACCCAGUGGUGACUUCUCCCGACCAUCAGACUCUAAGGACAGUCUGUUGCCUUUGCAGAUGCUUUUGUUUUGACACUUGACUGAAGUGGAAGGCCGCACAGAACAGUGUGCUGGCCGUGUCCCGGGCCGGUGGACCAUAGCUAGACAGGAAAGAACAACAGCCGUCCAGGCUCUGCUGGUCUCCCUCUGGGCUGGCCACAUGUCAUGAGCCACCACUCAGAGUCUUGGCAGAGCAGAAGCCAUGUCUCAGGGAAAGCCCCUGGUUGAAGUGUCUGUCCGCUAUGAAGGCACAAAGGCCACUCUUGAAUGUUCCGUCCUCUUGUCACUUUCAGGCAAAAUAAACUUGGUUGUGUCCGCC